GAGGCGGAGUAGAGCGGGCCCGCGGGGGGGAAGCCGCGGGCGUGGGUGAGCGCGGGGAAGACAGCGGCGCGGCGCGGCGCUGCGCGGCCGGCGCGAGCUGCGUGCGCGGAGGCGAGGCGCCGGGGCCAUGGCGCGGGACGGCGGCGGCGGGGCGCCGCGGCUGCUGCUGUGGCUGGCGCUGUGCGGGCUGUGGCGCGGCGGCGGCGCCGGCGCCGGCGCCCUUCCCGCCCGCGGGGCAGCCCUGCCCUUCGGCCUCGACCCGCCGGCGGCCUGCAGCCCCCGCUGCCAGCACGGGGGCCUCUGCGUCGGCAACGGCACCUGCCUCUGCUCCAAGGGCUACGAGGGCGAGCUCUGCCAGCACGCAACUUGUUAUCCAAAAUGCAAAAAUGAUGGGGAGUGUCUCAGACCCGGAAAAUGCAGAUGUCCGCCUGGCUAUGGGGGUAGAUACUGUCAUAAAGUAAGCUGUGAAGGAGGCUGUCAAAAUGGUGGGGAGUGCAUCUCUGUCAAUGGAGUUGUCAAGUGCCUUUGUGCUUCUGGCUGGACAGGAUCAAGAUGCCAAGAAGCAAUUUGUCCUCAAGGUUGUCGGAAUAAUGGAGCUUGUGUGGCUCCUGGGAUUUGUAGCUGUCCAGCUGGAUGGGUCGGUGGAGCAUGUCAUUUAGAUUAUCGUCAAGCAACCAUCAACAAAUAAAUGCUUUAGUGCUCCCAUUUGUAUCAGGAAAAUGCUUAUCCUUUGUACUCUUCCAUGUAUCGAGAUAGAGGAAAGAUAAGCAUGGAAAGAUAAGCAUGGGAGCUGUAGAGACAUUUGGUACACAAAAUGUUUGGACUGCAGAGUUCCCUUCCCUAUAUCAUCAAUAGUGUUACUGUUCAGGUCUCUAAUAUUAAAAUAAUCAUUGUGUCUGAACUAACUAGAUCUUUAUCCAGUUUGACCUCUCUCCAAGCAGAUCUCAUAAGCAAAUUGCUGCCCCUCACUUGUUAUGUUUACUGGUGUGUAGCUAGGGGAGAGCUAAGGCUCUGCCUGCUUGGUGCCCCUCUGCCACUCUUCUUUCGGCAGAGUGGGGGACAGAAAGGCAAUGCAUAAGCAACAGCUAGUGAGUGCAUAGUAACUGUUUCCCCAUGGAUGCCUACAUCCAAGAACUGCCUUGAAGAAGUUUCAACAGGAAUUUUUAUUUUCCCUCACUACCAUGGUGGCAUCCAUCUCAAAAACAGUCUGUCCCUUAAAGAGCAACAGAAAUGAUAGUAUUUUAAAAGGGGAAUGGAGCAUAAAUAAGUCUAGACAUACUGUCACUGUAUUCCAGUGAAGGCCAUGAGGCCAUAAAUUGAGAGGCAUUGCUUUUCAGUUCUUCCAUUGUCCUUUUAUUUAUACUGUCCCAGUGCUGUCACUGGGGAACAAUUCUGCUUGUACAGUGAGACAAAGAAGAAAAAUGAUCCUGUGUUGUGUGGAAGACACAGUAUGUAUCUGGUGUCUC